GGUGGUACGCGUAUGGAAUGUGCUGCCAGACUGAAAUGAGCAGAAUGAGCCACAGAGUCUUGCAGCCUCACCGAGUUAGUGAGGCUACCAGAUAUGGACUAGUUACACCUCAGAGUGUGUCGAAUGCACGGUUUGGUUCAGGAACCUCCGAGAGAAGGACCAGUUAUUUUGGAAGAAGGAACAGUAGCAUUGGAACGUUUUCUACAAAUAUAUAUGGAACAUGUGGAGGCACAGAGAAGAUAAAAGAUCCACGACCACUCCAUGAUAAAGCUUUUGUCCAACAGUGCAUUCGACAGCUUUGCGAGUUCCUCGGGGAAUAUGGUUAUCCACAACCUGUAUCAACUAAGAGUCUGCAAUCGCCCAGUUCCAAGGAAUUUCUGAAGAUCUUUGCCUUUUUAUAUAACUUGAUUGAUCAAUCUUACCAGAUGCCGGAUUCAAAGUUUGAGGAAGAGAUUCCUCGGAUCUUCAAAUCUCUUGGGUAUCCUUUUCCGUUGUCAAAAAGUUCAAUGUAUACAGUAGGAGCUCCACAUACUUGGCCACUGAUUCUUGGUGCAUUGGUUUGGCUGAUGGAUAAUGUUAAGCUGGUCAACUCUGUUGAUCCGGAUAAGAUCCUGUUUGGUCCUGAUAAGGACUGGGAUGUGGUGGAGAAUGUGACUGAUGAUGGUGUUCAUAAUAAUAGGCUGUUCAUUGAUUAUACAAGUAAGUGUUAUUCACGUUACCUUUCUGGCAUAGACGACUAUGAAGACUUGAAUUUGGAGAACUUGACUUUACUGAAGCAGCAUUUUGGAGUGGAUGAAGCCCAAUUUGAUGCUUUCACUGCAGAAAACAGAAGUUUGGCAGAAGAGCUGGAAAAGUUGGAGAAAGAGAAACAGAAUGAGCCGGACAGGGUUCAGGCACUGGAGAAAACAAAAAUAAGUUUGCAAAAGGACCAACAGAAAUAUAAGAAAUACCUGGAAGAAAUGGAACAGCACAAAGCUCUUCUUGAGCAGAGAGCAAAAGGGAUCAAAGAUGAAAUAGAAUCUGCAGAACUGGAGUUAGAUGCAGUUAAAGAGGAGAGCAACAAAUUGCAGCAAAUAUAUGAUGUACAGGAAGUCUCAGCCGUUGAUGUUAAGAAAAUGAAUCAUGAGAAAAAUGAGCUGCAUCAGGCAACAAUUUUCCUGAGCAAAAGCCUUGAAGAUGCAGAGAAGAGGAUGUGGAAUGAAGAGAUAAAAGUGACAAAGGCCAAGGAAAUGCUGGAAGUCAGACUACAAGACUACCAUACAAUGGCUCGGAAGCUCAAGCUAAUUCCUAAAGCACCUGAAAAUGCUCAAGCACAAAACUUUGAGAUAAGCCUGUUGGAUAUUGUGUCUGGGAAAAAGAAUCUACCACAAAAUACUGAAAAAAUAAAACUUGCCCUCAUGAAUCUACUAAAACAAAUAAAUGAUGAUAUUGAACAUCUGAAGCACAAGAAAAUGAGUGUGCAAGAGGCCAAAGAACAGGUUCAGACCAUGAUAGAUGACAAAGCAAAUGAUGUGAAAAUGUUAAAAGAACAAAUUCGAAAGGUGGAUGAAGCAAUUGAACAAGAAAAGGAGGAAGAUAAUCGAAAAACGACAAAACAAGUCCAAGAGCUUGAAUCACUGGAAAAUCAGCGGAAACGGUUGCAGAAACACUUGAACGAUGAAUUAGAUGAAGCAAUUGGACAGUUGAAAAUUGCUAAAUACCGAUUUGAUGAAGUGGAGCAGAAGACGACAGAAUCUAAAAGAAAAAUAACAAACAAGUUACAGUUGUGCUUGGACACAAUGACCCAGCAUGUCACCAGCCUAGAGAACUACCUUGUGGAUUAUCAAAAAGGUGCUACGAGAGACUGUGAGGAAUCCUUGAAGGACGACUUCUUAAAAGAUCUGAAGUCUAUAACCGAAUCAUGCAAAGAGAUGGUCAGCUCUCUCUGAGCUGUAGGCAACAGGGUGCAUGAUAUGUCUUGUUUCUAUAUGUACAGUUUGUAUUAAGGAAUGACUAUUAAGGAAAGGACACCAACGCAGGAAUAUAUUGUCUUCCAACUGAUAUUUUUUGAGACUGAGAGACGCUUGGUCUUAACAAAACCUCUUGCAGGCAGAAUGUCCAUUCUGGAUUUGUAAUAUUGUCAGAGCAAAAGUAUUUUCAAAUAUAGUCUCCAAUAUAUCCUCAUGAAGGAAUUUUAGAGCCUAGACUUGGUUUUUCUGAAUUCCCUUCCAGCUAGCUUUGACCAAUGAAGGUGAUUGAUCUAGAAUAAUAGAUACUUCAUGUAAAUUGCAUAUUAAUAAGUCUUCAGUCAAUGUUCCAGUCUUGAUUAUCAAGAUAUGAUGUAAUUCUUAAAUUCUCUCAAUUAAAACACUGCUUUAGUCAUACGUUAACUAACAGCCUCCAAUCCAGGAUCUUUGGUUCAGGCUCUUUCUUUUAUAUAAAGUUAGACUGGGGGGGGAGGUGUUGGGUAUUUGUGCUGGCCCAAGUCUCUGGAGGGAACAAAUUGACCUGAUUGCUGUCUGUAAUCUCCAAACUCCAAUGAGGAUAAUAUAUGCUUAAAUUAAUUAUAGGUCUAUUGGCAGUUGGCAUGCAGAAUUAAAGUACAGCCUUGGGGAGGGGGGGGGGGGGGGGGGGGGAAAUGGUCAUUAGCUACUUCAUCAAAAGGAGAGGGCAGGUAAUUUGCAGGAAAACAGAGGGAGGAAUUGGUCUUUGGUUUGGUAGCAGUCUGCUCAUAUGUCCAUUACAUCUUGAGAUUCUUUCAGUUUGCAGUUCACAUCUCCAGAGAAGACCUGAACUCUCUGCAGCAUUAAGUUUCUGGAGCAUCAUAUUAUUCCCUAAAUAUAUUCAAGGUUUUGUUUUACCAACCUAGGGAGUCUAUUCCAUGAAAUGCAGAAACUCUAUAUUUACCUUGUAUUAAACAGAACCCCACUGCUAGUCUUCAGCUUAAAGUAAUUUUUCAAGUGUAAUCUGUUGAGCUUUAAUAUUCUUAGGUAUUUUAGUAAAAUGAUUAUCUCAAUGUGUAUGUUUUGAUGAUGUAAAUUAGUUCUUAGGUUAUCUAAUAAAUAGUGUAAACACCUG